AAAUGAUACAAUCAAAACGAAUUUCAAAUUUGUUUUUGAGAAAAUUACAAACGCAGUAGAUAGACUUCACAAAGGGCCAAAGCAACCAAACUCUUUGACGACUGGCAAGUUCAAGUCUUCGGUCUUCCUACGACCCGCCAUCGUGAAGUAGUAGUCUCUCUCUUACUUAUGAAUAAGGGUUUUGUAUAUGGGCUUGGGCUUUAGUUUGGGCUUUUAAAAGAUUAAUAAAAUGAGAAGUAUGAUAAAUCCGAUUGGUUACGUUUGUGUGACAUGAAAUGAAACGGCUAACUUUCGAUUCCUUAUCCACGAAAUCUAGUUAAUUAUCUAUCUCCCUCCACCAAUGAUGACACACAGUUUCAUCAGGUAGACAAAAUGAUGCAACCCAAUGCAAAACUUUUGUCCCCAUCCGCUAAAUUUCUACCGUCACCUAUAGAGCCACCGCAACACAACCGUAGAACCACCGUAGGAGCACCUCCGUCAUUGGAACGAAACUGCAAAUUAUCGCGACGGAAUCUUAGUAAAUCCUCGUUGCUUCUACUCCUCACCACUCAAACAACUCUGACGCCAUUGCUCGACUUCUCUAAAGCUCAAGCAGAUACAAUUGCUAACCCUAAUCUCACAAAUUGCGAAAACAGAAUUCCGACUAAGAAAGCGUUCAUCGACGUGUCAAUCGACGGCGAACCAAUCGGGAGGAUCAUAAUCGGAUUAUACGGAGACGAUGUACCGGCGGGAACAGCUAGAUUCAGUAGCAUUGUAAGCGGGAAAGCUGGAAUUACUUACCGGAGAAAAGAUUUUGUGAAGAUUAUGCCAGGUUAUGUCCAACACGGCGGAAUUAGAUCGUACGGUGUCGAUGCCGAGCGUGCCACCGCCGCGGUGGGGAGUCUCCAAAACCUAAUUGAAGAGUGGGAGAGAGGGAAGAGAGGAGAGAUAUGUAAUGUAAAUAAGGCGGGAAGCGUUGGAAUCGUGGUGAGAGAUCCGUCGAAACCGCCGCCGAAGACGAAGCUUGUGGCAAGGAAUGGGAAGCUUGUGGUCGAAGAAGAGGUAAUUGCGGUGGGGCCAAACGGAACGGAGUUUGUUAUAACGGCGGUUGAUUCGCCGGAGCUGGAGGAUUCGGUUUUGGUGAUUGGGAAAGUUUUGGAAGGAAUGGGAGUUGUUGAGAAGAUGAGAGAAGUGAAGACUGUGAGGGAUAACACUUCAUCUCCUUAUUUCAGGUAAUAUAUUACUGACCGUUGGAUUUAACUUGUGUUUUUGAGAUCAAGGGUUGUGAUUGUGGUUCUGGUGGUGUGAACAGGGUGGCUAAAGUGAUCGGAGAUAAGAGAGCUGUGGUGGCGGAGAGAGGGUUUAACCGGCCUUAUUCUAAGGUUGUAGUCACCAAUUGUGGUUUGAUCGAGUCACAAACUCUAUGAAUGAGCUCAUUGUUUGUUGGCAACGUUUUUUGUGUGCUAUGCAAGACAACUUAAACUGUUAAGCACAUCAACCACAUGGAAAGAUUGCAGCCAUGGUGGUUUGGUGGAACUACAUUAUCAAUUGAGUAAUUAUAAGCGUGUGAUUGAGAAAUUGUUGUCUUGCGCGGUUAGGCCGGAGCAUAGUCCACAGAAUUGAAUUGCUUGGGCCUUAACUGGAUAUUAAAGAGUGUAAUAAACAAUUUCUACUAUUUCUAUUUGCCC